UCCAAUAUGGCGGACAGUAGUGGUGUUUCGCAGUCAAAACGUCUAGAAAACUUCCCAAAAGUUAGCUCGAUUACAAUAUCAAGUCAUUUAAAAGGUUGUGGGAAAGGAGAAGUUGGUGAUAAAGGAUACAAAUUUUUUUCGGAAAAUUAUAUUCACAACGUAUAUACAUCAGACGAAGCAACUGGCCACCACAUUGCUACAGGACUUUGUCAUCGAACUCAGCGUAAAAAUGAACCUGCACAUGCAGUCAAAAUUACACUACAAACUAAAAAUGGAAUGGCUGAAGUUAGCAAUUCGCUGUGUUCUUGCAAAGCUGGGUCUGGAGGACAUUGCAAUCAUUAGAGUCAUUUUUCUGUGUAUUGCACUGAUCUCGAAGGAGCUGCAAAGAUAGGCGACGAUUGCAUGGCAGUGGAAUGUCCACUUGAACAGAUCUAGACACUAUUCCUUCUUUAUCAGUGACUUCAAAAGUCCCUUCUCCUUCUGAAGCAGUAGCCAUUUCUUCCUGCUUCAUCAACUCUUCUUGUUGCUUGUUUUUUGCAAGUUUGUCGGGAAAUGAUCUCGUUUUGACUUCCUUUGUACGAGCUGAAGGCAGAGCGUCAUUCUCUAGUCUUCGUUUCUGACUAUGGAGAGAGAUGAAAUCUUCGUCAGAGAAAUGAGCUGAACAUACUUUUGUAUGCUUAGAUGUCUUAAAAUAUUUGUUUGGGUCGCGUUUGAUCUUCGUUAUCCAUAUCUGUAAGAUAAAAUAAGCGUUUUUGUAACAUAAAUAUAAACACAAAAUUGAAUUCCAACUUAAAACUGUUGCUCUAAAUUGUUGCACAAAAGAGCAAACUUUUAAGCAUAGAAACACAUCAAAAUCAUACCUUUUUAAUCCUUGGAUUACUUGGAAGAGAAUGAAAUGAUAAAUUCUUGUUCAACGAGCUAUUAGUACAGCCGUAAACUGCACAAUAAUGAAUCAUAUUUAUUUAUAAGAUGGAAAAUGUCAACACGCUUUGGGAUCGCCGUGUUUACCCAAUUUAGGUCACAUGAUUUAUGCAAUUCAAUGAAACCGAGUAGGUCUAUUAUGGGCGUAGUGUUAGGUUGAGAACAGACGUCAGCAUAUCAGGUGCCUCUGGCAGCCGCUUCAGUCUAUCGAUCUCAUCUUCCCACCCAUCC